AUGGCUGAGAGGUCUAAAAACAAUAGGAAAAGCUGGUUCAGAUACUUCCAGUAUGACGAAGGCAGAGAGUCUCCUGACGAUGCCCGCAACGUCCUCUUGAUAGUUGCGGGGCUGAUUGCGGCCGUCACCUUUCAAGCAGGCGUCAACCCUCUUGGGGGAGUUUGGCAGGAUAAUGAAAAUGAGCAUAGCGCAGGAAGGGGAAUCUACUCCAAUCAAACAAGAGAAUUCUACAUUUUCUUGAUCUCAAACACAGUGGCUCUGUCUACAUCCAUUCUGAUUCUUAUAUCUCUAACGUAUAGGUUUCCUUUCCAUUUCGAGAUAAUGCUUGCCACGGCCUCAAUGGUUGUGACUUAUGCUUCGGCCAUAUUCGCUGUUACGCCUGAUGAUUUGGUGAAGUUUCGAUACAUCUUAGCUGCAGCAGCUGCGCCUUUUGCUAUAAGGUGUUUACUGCAGAUGUGGAAUGAGAUGAAAGAGAAGGAAACUGAUGGAGAAGUUGGUCAAUGAGUGUAGAACAGAUGUAUUGAAGUAGGGUUUAAGUGGCAUUAACUAAGGUGGAAAAAUGAUGGUGGCCUUGCCCAAUGGCAGUAGAAUUAAGGCAAUUAAUCUUAUUGUAGUUUGAUGGUCAUUUGU